AUGCUUUUGAAUUCUCGCACAUGCCUUUUGACAAAUGCAGUAUAAAUACUCAAAACCAUAAGGCAGUAAUUCAUAAGCAUUUGAUCACCGGAGUCUCUCUCGAUCGUACUCACAAUACAAAACUUCAAACAUUUCACAUUUUCACCAGCAAUACACAUCACCGGAAGAUGGGAAGAGCGCCAUGCUGCGAGAAGAUGGGGUUAAAGAGAGGUCCAUGGACGCCUGAAGAAGAUCAAAUAUUGAUCUCUUUUAUCCACAAACAUGGCCAUAGUAACUGGCGAGCCCUCCCUAAGCAAGCUGGUCUUUUGAGAUGUGGAAAAAGCUGUAGACUUAGGUGGAUGAACUAUUUAAAACCUGAUAUAAAAAGAGGAAAUUUCACCAAAGAAGAGGAGGAUGCUAUCAUUAGCUUGCACCAAAUCCUUGGCAAUAGAUGGUCAGCUAUUGCAGCAAAAUUGCCAGGAAGAACGGAUAAUGAGAUCAAGAACGUAUGGCACACUCACUUGAAGAAAAGACUCGAAGAUUACCAACCCGCUAAUCCUAAGAGCAGCAAUAAGAAGAAAGGUACUAAACCUAAAUAUCAAUCGGUACCGACACUUGGAAAUUCAUCAAACCCUUCUUCUGAAAGCUUGUUCUUGGCAUCACCUUCGACAAGUGACGAGGUUUCUUCGGUGACACUCAUGAGCCUCGAAGGCCAUAACAACGAGGCUAAGAUGGAUAAUAAAUUGGGAGACAUCAGUAUUCCUGACCAAGAUUGUUCUUCUUUCGAAAAUUUUGGAGCAGAUAUCGACGAGAGCUUCUGGAACGAGGCGCUAUAUAGCCAAGAUGAACAUAAUUACGCACUGAAUCUUGAAGUGACUGGUUUUGAUGAUGAGACACAACAAGAGUUUCAGCAGUUAGGCUCUGUUGGAAAUGAGAUGGUUUUCGACAGUGAGAUGGACUUCUGGUUCGAUGUAUUCGCGAGAACUGGAGGGGAGCAAGAACAAUUAGAUGGGCUAUAAUUAAUUAACAUGUUUGAAGAGUAAAGUCAAUGGUGCAAAUUAUGGCUAAGAAAAACUUGUGAUAAAAACUAGUUAGUUACUCCUAUUAAUUGGUGGUUUCAAGAGAUUGUAAUUAUUUUCUCCAAGAUAGAGUAUUUAGCGACUUCGAGUA